GGCCAGUGGCCCUGUGGUCCCCACAGUGGUCGGCGAGCCGGUUGGCGCUGAGGGAGUGGCUGCCCUCCAGCCUGUGCGCGCUGCGCUCUCGGCCCCUCCGGCCCCGCCUGUCGGCCGCGCCGCGUCAUGCAAGGAGCUGCUGGGUGCUAGUGCCCGGGCCGCCGCCCUCCCGCCCGCCCGAAGCCGCGCCCACUGCCCAGAGCCAGAGGGAUGGUGGUAGUCACGGGGCGGGAGCCAGACAGCCGUCGCCCGGACGGUGCCAUGUCCAGCUCCGACGCCGAAGACGACUUUCUGGAGCCGGCCACCCCGACGGCCACGCAGGCGGGGCACGCACUGCCUCUGCUGCCGCAGGAGUUCCCUGAGGUCGUCCCUCUUAACAUCGGAGGGGCUCACUUCACCACACGCCUGUCCACCCUGCGGCGCUACGAGGACACCAUGCUGGCGGCUAUGUUCAGCGGGCGACACUACAUCCCCACCGACGCCGAGGGCCGCUACUUCAUCGACCGCGACGGCACACACUUCGGCGAUGUGCUGAACUUCCUGCGCUCGGGGGACCUGCCGCCCCGGGAGCGCGUGCGGGCCGUGUACAAGGAGGCCCAGUACUACGCCAUCGGGCCCCUCCUGGAGCAGCUGGAGAACAUGCAGCCACUGAAGGGGGAGAAGGUGCGCCAGGCAUUCCUGGGGCUCAUGCCCUACUACAAAGACCACUUGGAGCGGAUCGUGGAGAUCGCCCGGCUGCGCGCCGUCCAGCGGAAGGCCCGCUUUGCCAAGCUCAAGGUCUGCGUCUUCAAGGAGGAGAUGCCCAUCACCCCCUACGAGUGCCCGCUGCUGAACUCGCUGCGCUUCGAGCGGAGCGAGAGUGACGGGCAGCUCUUUGAGCACCACUGUGAAGUGGACGUGUCUUUCGGGCCCUGGGAGGCCGUGGCUGACGUUUACGACCUGCUGCACUGCCUGGUCACGGACCUGUCGGCCCAGGGCCUCACCGUGGACCACCAGUGCAUCGGGGUGUGCGACAAGCACCUCGUCAACCACUACUACUGCAAGCGCCCCAUCUAUGAGUUCAAGAUCACGUGGUGGAAGCGGGUUCACCUGAUGCUUCACUGAGGACCCAGAAUUCCCAUUGCUGAAAGCCCUGUACCUCUUUUCUCCUGUCCUGGGCCUGCACCCCCAAGACACACUCCAGUGCCUCGGUGGGGGUCACAAGGAGGCCCCAGCAUGAGUAGCCUCUGGCCCUUGUCCCUACAUCUUCAUGAUGCUGGAGUUGGUUGAGGCCGGCGAUCCUUCCAGGUAUGAGAGUUGCAGUAUAAUAAACAGAUUAAAGUCCAGAGGCACCUUGUGAAAGAACCCCUACAGGGAGUGUCUGGAGCGGUCAAGGUGAAGCUGGCAACUUGGCUCGCACAAUGAGGGCGGGGCCGGUUUUUCAAACACUUUGGCUUCAGAAGAGGCUCCGUUAAAUGUACAAGACCCCAGGAGGCCAGCAGAGGAAUCCAGCUCUGGUUGCAGCUGAGAGAAGCCACUGCAAAAUGCAGGCAGGUGGGUUCUUUACCACUGAGCCACCUGUGCAGCAGAGGCCAGCCAAGACCCAGAGCUUCCCAGAGUGGACAUGAGAAGGGACAAUAUUCUCUUACAACAGCCGAUGGGCAUGCCAGGGGAGGAAGCUGAACUCCUGCUCACCUCUUUGCCAUCCAUGUGCCUUCACGUCCCACCCAUUCAAAAUGGAAAAUAACAGAGACUUCUUGGGACCUUACAUCUGACAUAUCAACCUAUAAGGUCUCCGUGCCUGAAUUGCAUUUGGAGUCAUUUGUGUCAGUCAGGAGAAAAAAAAAAAAACAAAACAAAACUACACAGUAAUUUGAAUAAUUUAUAUCUUGAAUAUAAAUAAUUACUAAUUAUAAUAUGAUUGGAGGAAUGACGGAUUGGCUAAUAAAGAGUAGAGAUAACUAUAAAGAAUAUAGGAAUAGCCAAGAAGCAGCCACUAAGGCUGAGAUAGUGGGUCCAAGGAUGAAUACCCCCUCCCCCAAGAGCUGAUAUCCAGACCUUUUUGGACAAGGCCUGGCCGGGUUCGCUGAAUGACAGAGAAGUCAUGGGGGUGCUGUGCUGGUGAAACUUGCUUUAAAUCUACCCUCUGGGGUGCCGGAAAAAUCUGUUCUUUAGGAGGUGUCUUGCCAGAGGCCCUCUACUACAAAACCACCCCUGGGAGUGCUGGGGAAAGCUCUUUGUGACUGCAGAUCACCUUGUAUGGCAGGAGCUGGGUGCUGGAGAAGCUAUAUGAGCUGUGAGAAAGCACACCAGAACCAGAAAGGAAACAUCUCUCCCCUUGCUUAUAUGUGGAAUCUAAAAUAUGGUACAAAUGAACCUAUUUACAGAAGAGACUCAGACUCACAGACACAGAGAUCAGACUUGUGGUUGCUGGGGAUAGGAGUGGGGGAGGGAGAGGGAUGGACUGGGAAUUUAGGAUUUGUAGAUGCAAACGAUUAAACUUAGAAUGGAUAACAAGGUCCUACUGUAUAGCACAGGGGACUGUAUAAUUAUUGUAGAAAAUAAUGGCUCAGUGUUAAGUCAAAAUUCCUGUCUUAGGCACACAUUAUUAAAAUUUGAAAUGAGACAGUUUGAACACCUAACUAAAUCAUUAUAGGGAUUUCCCUGGUGGUCGAGUGGUUAAGACUCCACUCCCAGUGGAGGGGCCCAGGUUCGAUCUCUUCUUGGGGAACUAUUUAUUACUAGAUCCCAUGGGCUGCAAUCAAGAGUUUGCAUGAUGCAAUUAAAGAACCCACAUGCCAUGAAGACAGAAGGUCUUGCAUGUCACAGCUAAGACCCGGUGCAGCCAAAUAAAUAAAUUUUUAAAAUAAAUAAUUAUACCCAUGGGUUAUAACCCAUUGAAUAAAAUAAGAAUCCAUGAAUUCAUAUUGACACAAAUGAAUAAGUAAUGGCAUAAAAGAGAUAGAAAGGAAAGUUCUUAAUUAGCAUAAAAUGUCAGCUAAUACAGAAAGAAUGAUGGCAUUAGAAAAACCCCAUUAAAAAACUCCAUUAAAAAAAAACCUCCAUUUUGUAAA